AUGUUGUCUGAAUCCGGCCAGAUGAUUGAAUACAUCCAGGACCGCCUGUAUUUGGCAUCCUACGACUCAACUCCAAGCUCGAGAACACAUUUCCCUUUCCCUCUCGAGCAGACAAAGUCUCCAAGCAAGCGCUCUCGUGCUCAGCAACCCACCACCCCGACUAGCAAGCGCCGAUCUCCCGUCUACUUCACUGUCGACGAUACUCUCCUCUACAACGCUUUCCACGCAGACUUUGGUCCUCUCCAUAUUGGUCAUUUGUAUCGCUUUGCGGUUCUGUUCCAUGAGAUUCUCGGCGACCCGGCCAACAGCGACCGGCCCGUUGUUUUCUAUAGCAAAACCGAUGCGCGCAGCCGUUCGAAUGCAGCUUGCCUGGUUGCAUGCUACAUGGUCCUAAUUCAAUCAUGGCCACCCCACCUGGCUCUUGCGCCGAUCGCUCAGGCCGACCCCCCUUACAUGCCUUUCCGUGAUGCUGGAUACAGCCAGGCGGACUUCAUACUAAACAUCCAAGAUGUCGUUUACGGCGUGUGGAAGGCGAAAGAGCAGGGACUGUGCGGUCUGCGUGACUUUAACCUUGAGGAGUAUGAAAAGUUCGAGCGAGUUGAUAUGGGUGAUUUCAAUUGGGUGACCCCCAACUUCCUCGCCUUCGCUUCCCCCAAUCACCAACCGGUUGCGCCCGUCCCCGCAAACACCCCGGAAUACGAUGCCCUCCCUUCUACCAUUUCCGAAAUUUGCUCCGCAAAGAUCCCUCUACCAUUCAAGAACGUCCUCGUCCACUUCACGACGCGCAACGUGGGCCUUGUAGUCCGAUUAAACUCUGAACUCUACAGCCCGUCUUACUUUACAGCCAUGGGAAUCGCUCACAUUGACAUGAUUUUCGAGGAUGGCACAUGCCCCCCUCUACAACUCGUGCGCAAGUUCAUUAAGCUCGCACAUGAGAUGAUCACCGUCAAGGACAAGGGUAUCGCGGUCCACUGUAAGGCAGGUCUUGGCCGAACAGGAUGCUUGAUUGGCGCCUAUCUCAUCUACCGCUAUGGAUUCACAGCCAACGAGGUUAUUGCUUUCAUGCGAUUCAUGCGCCCCGGUAUGGUCGUUGGUCCCCAACAACACUGGUUGCAUCUCAACCAAGGAUCAUUCCGCGAGUGGUGGUUCGAAGAUACUAUGCGUGAAAAGAUGGCUCAGUCCGCCCCAGUAACCCCCGCCCGCGUGCCCACCAAAAAGCGCUCGAGCAAUGGCGUUGUCUCCACUCCUCCUAAUAACACCCAUUCUAAGCGUGCUGCCCUGGGUGAAAUCGAUCACAACGAAGGUGCAGCUAGUCAAAACGAAGAAAACUUGCCAGCGCCAACACCUGGUCAGCCCCGAAAGUCACACCGAAAGGAUUCCCGUCAUCAUCCAUAUGCACGCACCGCUUCCGGGUCUUUGGCUACAGAACAAGAGUCACGCCAACGCGGUCACCGUCAAAGCAAUGAAAGCAGCGAGAGUGAAGAGGAGGCCCAGCUUCGUAUGCUGGCCAAGCGGUCAUCAAGAUCUCCUGUUGCCUCUCAAACCUCUCGCUCCAUCAGCUACUCAGCAACAGUUACAGCCAGCUAUACAUUGACUGACGACAUCCACGAGGAUCGUGAGAAUUGGGUCGAGAAUGCUGCUCCUAAGACUCCUAUAAGCCGGAAGAGCGGCGGUGCCCCUAUCUCGGUCAGUAAGGCCCGCUCUAGCCCGCGACGGGCAACCGAUAGCACCAAGAGUGAAUCAAGAGGUGUUCGCAAGGCCAGUGGACGUAUUGGAAGCACAUCCACCAGUCCUGCUCGAGCGGUGCGAGCUGUCCAAUAG